AUGUCGUCCGGAAACAACACAAACCAACAACCAGGUCUCGUCAGCAGCCACGCCGAAUACGUGAAGGGCACCGCCGAGGCGACCAUCGGGAGUAUAACUGGUUCGCACGCAUGGCAGAGCUCCGGUGAGCAGUCCAAGGCACAUGCAGUCGAUGCCAUGAAGGUUGCCAGCGCGGCUCGUGACCCAGAAACACAGGGCUAUGGCAAGGUGGAGGAAGUCGCAGGAAAGUUGACAGGAUGCGAGGGCAUGCUAAAAGAAGGACAAGAUAGCAAAAAAGCCGCGUAG